AUGUUGGUUGGGCUUGGGCUGAAGGUUCGUCAUAGUGCAACGGAUACCCAUUUCCAUUCAUCUGGUUCCUUCAUCUCCUUCUUCGUUCUCUCCGAUUCCCAAAAACUCCAUGAUCACAUCACCCUCUCUAUCAGCCCAAAAAAACGAAGUAAAAUAGCUCCUCCACCGUUCAAUUCCUCCUCCUCUUCCAUUCUGUGUCUCGGAAGGGGUAAAUACCUUUGUGCGGGGAACUGUGUAAUCUCUAUUUAUUCGCGUUCAAUCUCUGUUUAGAGUCGAUUGAGCCCCAGAAUUGUGAAACAAAGAGAUGCGUCGUUCGAGGUCAUCCGCUGCUUUUGUUGUCAAGAGAACGAUUUCGACGUCACCUCUUCUCUCUCAGAGAUUAAAGCAAGCAGAGAACGAGAUAGUUCAGAUGUUCAAACUUCCAACCCUGAAUGACCAUUCUGGCUCAUCACCAACCCCGGGAACAAGAACAGAAAGAAUUGAUCGCUCUGUUCGAUCGUUGGACGAAAGAUUCUUAAGAAUAUUGAAGAUAUUCAAAUGGGGUCCUGAUGCCGAGAAAGCCAUGGAGGUACUAAUGCUCAAGGUUGAUCACCGCCUUGUUCGUGAGGUUUUGAGAACAGACGUCGAUGUAAGUGUCAAAAUGCAGUUCUUUAAAUGGGCAGGAAAAAGAAAGAAUUUUGAACAUGACGCAACCACCUACAUGGCCUUGAUUCGUUGUCUCGAGUCAGAAGGACUUAUAGGUGAAAUGUGGAAAACAAUCCAAGAUAUGGCUAGAAGUGCUUGUAUAAUUACCCCAAUUGAAUUAUCCGACGUCAUCAAGAUUUUAGGGAAGGCAAAGAUGGUAAACAAAGGCAUUUCGCUCUUUUACCAAAUAAAGGCACGAAAAUGUCGUCCUACAUCAAAUGUGUACAAUAGCAUGAUCGUUAUGCUAAUGCAAGAGGGUCAUCAUGAAAAGGUGCACGAACUCUACAAUGAAAUGUGCAGUGAGGGAAUUUGUUUUCCUGAUACAGUAACUUAUAAUGCUCUUAUUGCAACUUUUGGCAAAUUGGGUCGCGAGGAUUCUGCAGUUAGGUUAUUUGAGGAGAUGAAAGAGAACCGAAUGCAACCUACAGCGAGGAUUUACACAACAUUAAUGGGCAUGUUCUUUGCAUCAGGAAAAAUUGAGAAGGCUCUCGCUUUGUUUAGUGAAAUGAAAGAUCAUUGUUGUACCCCAAAUGUCUUUACGUACACCGAGUUGAUAAAGGGGCUUGGUCAAGCUGGACGAAUUGAUGAUGCUUAUCACAUGUUUAUUGAGAUGCAACAGGAAGGUUGUAAGCCCGACACAGUGCUCAUGAACAAUCUUUUGAAUAUUUUAAGCAAGGCCGGGCGUCUAGAUGAUGUCAUGAAGACAUUCAAAGAAAUGGAGUCUCUAAAUUGCAUGCCAAAUGUGGUUAGCUACAAUACUGUCAUUAAAGCACUUUUCGAAUCUAAAAAUCACUCAUCAGAAGUAGCUUCUUGGUUUGAAAAGAUGAAGGAAAGAGGAAUUGUUCCUAGCGAAUUCACCUACGCAAUUCUCAUCGACGGAUUUUGUAAAACAAAUCGAGUGGAGAAAGCAUUAAUGCUUCUUGAAGAAAUGGAUGAAAAGGGAUUUCCUCCAUGUCCUGCUGCUUAUUGUAGCUUGAUUGAUGCUCUUGGAAAAGCCAAGAGGUAUGAUGCUGCUAGUGAGUUAUUUCAGGAACUAAAAGAAAAUUGUGGGCCUUCAACUUCUCGAGUGUAUGCUGUGAUGAUCAAGCAUUUUGGUAAAUGUGGACGUCUUAAUGAUGCUAUAGAUCUCUUUGAAGAAAUGAAGAAACUUGGAUGCAUUCCUGAUGUUUUCGCUUAUAAUGCUCUUAUGUUGCUUCGAACUAUGAAAGAACAUGGGCUCAUGCCUGAUAUAAAUUCACAUAAUAUUAUAUUGAAUGGGAUUGCAAAGGUUGGAGGUCCUAUUAGAGCAAUGGAAAUGCUGGACAACAUGAAGAUUUCUAGAAUAAAACCAGAUGCUGUGUCGUAUAAUACUGUGCUUGGUGCUCUUAGUCGUGCUGGUAUGUUUGAGGAGGCAGCUAAAUUGAUGAAAGAGAUGAGUUCAAAUGGAUUUGAGUAUGAUCUUAUUACAUAUUCGUCGAUACUUGAAGCCAUUGGAAAAGUUGAUGAUGGACUUACAAGAUGAGCUUGUUAAUGACCUGUCAGAUUUCAUCUGGAGAAAGUCACUGAACAGAACUUCUCCCCAAUUAUAUCAAGGAGCACCUUCAUCUGCGCUUGCACACUUUCAAGGGAUUGCAGGGAUUGCCUCCAACUAAAGCUCUGAUGGAACCUAGAUACUUCUCAAAUAUUUUCGAAACAAAGCUAUUUGCCCUGUCAAGAUGAGAAAUGUACCGAAGGGUUUAGUAUACCAAAUGCCUGGGUUUUAACUUUUAACGUAGAGGCUCUUCUCACAUGAUUUGGGUUCUAAGGGUUAAUUGCACACACAUCCCUGCAGUUUCAUUGUUGCAGAUACGUCCCCUGAUUUAUUUUUAUUUUUACUUUCGGCUCUUAUGGUCUCAGAUAGACCUACUAAUUUCACCCGAGGGCAAUGGCUUUCAAAAUUUCACCCGUGUUAAAACAAUGGGGGU